CACUCUGCCCGCCACAGGUAGCGGCGCCGCGUGGGCUCGGGCUCGGGCUCGGCUCUGCCGCCGCCCCGCGCUGCCCAGCCCCGCCCCGGGCCAUGGGCCCCGCGCCUUUGUCUCCCGCGUGAGCGCCCCGCGCCGGCGCCUUUGUGCUGCGGGAGCGGAGCGGAGCGGAGCCGAGCCGGCGACAUGGACGUGACCAUCUCGGAGCUGCUGGAGCUCUUCCUGCGCGGGCCGCUGGUCACCUGGGUGAAGACGUUCGGGCCCCUGGGCAACGAGAGCCAAGAUAGACUGAGCAUGUACAUGGACCUGGUGGACGGCGUCUUCCUGAACAAGAUCAUGCUGCAAAUAGAUCCUCGGCCAACCAACCAGCGUGUUAACAAACACAUCAACAAUGACAUCAACCUCCGAGUCCAGAACCUUACCAUCUUAGUCAGAAACAUCAAGACUUACUAUCAGGAGGUUCUCCAGCAGCUGAUCGUAAUGAAUUUACCAAAUGUUUUAAUGAUUGGCAAAGACCCUCUUUCUGGUAAAAGUAUGGAUGAAAUUAAGAAAUUGUUGCUGCUGGUACUGGGUUGUGCUGUACAGUGUGAAAGAAAAGAAGAGUUUAUUGAAAGAAUAAAGCAGCUGGAUAUUGAGACCCAGGCAGCAAUUGUUUCCCACAUUCAGGAGGUGACUCACAACCAGGAGAAUGUGUUUGACUUACAGUGGCUGGAGCUCCCAGAUAUGGCCCCUGAAGAACUGGAGUCUCUCUCUCGGAAUAUGGUUUUCCACCUCAGGAGGCUUAUUGAUGAGAGAGAUGAGUGCACAGAACUGAUUGUGGAUCUCACUCAGGAGAGAGAUUAUCUGCAGUCUCAGCAACCACCAAGCCCCCUGAAAGCAUCAAGUCCAGACUCUUCACCAAACCCAACCAGUCAGCUCUCCAAUGAGGACAAGCAGCACUUGGCUGUUGAGCUGGCAGACACAAAGGCUAAACUGAGAAGGAUACGGCAGGAACUGGAGGAGAAGUCUGAGCAACUUGUGGAUGCUAAACAUGAAGUUGAACAGCUUACUGUAGAGCUGCAGAAAAUAAAACAGGAGAACACCUGCUUGGCAGCAGAUGCACGCUCUGCCCGAGCAUACAGAGAUGAACUGGACUCCCUGAGAGAGAAAGCAAACCGCGUGGAGAGACUUGAGAUGGAAUUGGUCCGGUGCAAAGAAAAACUGCAUGAUGUGGAUUUCUACAAGGCUCGGAUGGAGGAAUUGAGGGAGGACAACAUCAUAUUAAUUGAAACAAAGGCCAUGCUGGAAGAACAGUUAGCAAUGGCAAGAGCUCGUGGUGAUAAACUGCAUGAAUUAGAGAAGGAGAAUUUACAGUUGAAAUCCAAACUUCAUGAUAUAGAACUGGACCGUGACGCAGACAAGAAACGAAUUGAAGAACUGCUAGAAGAGAAUAUGGUACUGGAGAUUGCCCAGAAGCAGAGCAUGAAUGAAUCUGCGCACCUGGGCUGGGAGCUAGAACAGCUGUCAAAGAGCACAGACCUUGCAGAUACUAGGAAGUCCUUUGUAUUUGAACUGAAUGAGUGUGCAUCAAGUCGUAUCCUGAAGCUAGAAAAGGACAAUCAGAGUCUGCAAAGCACCAUCCAGGAGUUGAGGGAUGCCUCUCUGGUCACAGAAGAGAGCAGCCUAAAGUUUGUAGAACUGGAAAAGGAAAAUCAACAACUUAGCAAAAAGAUUGAGAAGUUGCAAAAUGAAAUUGAAAAAGAAAAACAAAGUAACCAAGACUUGGAGACAUUAAGUGAGGAGCUGCUAAAAGAGAAAGAACAGCAACAAAUUGCCAUGGAGACUUUGAAAGCCAACACAGACAGACAGAUAAAGGACCUUAAACAAGAGAAUGACCACCUCAAUCAAGUGGUUUUGUCCCUGAGAAAGAGAUCUCAGGUCAGUAGCGAGGCUAGAGUGAAAGACAUUGAAAAAGAGAACAAGAUACUCCAUGAAACAGUUACAGAAACUAGUAGCAAACUGAACAAGCUGGAGUUUGAAAAGAAACAAUUGCACAAAGAUUUUGAACAAGUUAAAGAAAGGGUGGAAAGAGUGGAAGAAAUGGAGAAAGAGCUCCAUCGGCUGGAGCGGGAGAAUGAACAACUCACAAAGAAGGCAUCAGCCAUGAAAAUUGUUACAGAAAAAGUCGAGGUUCUUGAGCAGGAAAAUGGGGAUCUGGAAGUGGAGAACAGGAAACUAAGGAAGUCCCUAGAUACCUUACAGAACAUUUCUAUCCGGUUAGGGGACCUGGAAAGAGACAAUAAGCAAUUGGAUGAAGAGAACCUGGAACUCAGGAGAAUGGUAGAAACCAUGAGAUUUACGAACACAAAAAUGGCACAGAUAGAGGCAGAAAAUAAAGAGUUGGAGAGAGAGAAAGAGGAGCUAAGGAAAAAUGUGGAAAUGUUAAAAACACUGAGCAAGAAAUCAGAAAGGCUGGAGCUGAGCUAUCAGAGCGUGAUUUCUGAGAAUCAGAGACUUCAGCAAAUCCUGGAGAACAACAGCAAAAAGAUCCAGGAGCUGGAGAAGGAGCUUCAGGGGAUGGAAAGUGAAAACCAGGUUCUCCAAAGGAACCUUGAGGAACUAAAGAUUUCCAGCAAACAGCUGGAGAGGUUAGAAAAAGAGAACAAAGUACUGGAACAAGAAGUUUCCCAACUGGAGAAAGACAAAAAAGUGCUGGAAAAAGAAACAAAAAGGCUUUGGCAGCAGGUGGAGCUGAAAGAUGCUAUUUUGGAUGACAACUCAGUAAAGUUGGCAGCUGUAGAGAAGGAGAAAAGGACACUAGAAAAGGAAAUUACUCGAUUCAGAGAUUCAUCUAAUAAGCUGAAAGAAUUUGAAAAGGACAAUAAAGACCUUAUAAAGCAAGUUACCAUAGAUAAAAGAACACUAGCUACAUUAAGAGAGGAUCUGGUUAAUGAGAAGUUAAGGAGCCAGCAGUUGUCUAGUGAUCUGGAGAAAUUGAGCCAGGAACUGGAGAAGAUUGGACUGAACAAAGAGCUGCUGUUGCAGGAUGAUAACGGCAAUGAUGACAAGAAAUACAAGUUUCUGGAAAGCAAAACUGAAUCUGCAUUGAAGACAACACUAGCUAUGAAGGAAGAAAAGAUUACAUUGCUUGAGGCACAAGUGGAAGAGUCUCUGGUUAUGAAUCAGCAGUUACAGAAUGAGCUAAAUACAAUAAAGAAAGACUUUGAAGCUCUUAAGCAGAGCCAGGAAGAGGGACAAUUCCUACAGAAUUCCUUAAAAAAUCCUACAGAAAAAAAACUUGUUUCCAACCACCAGAUAAAGGAGAAAUGGGAAACAGGACACCGAGAGACAACAAAGGAGCUGUUGAAACUGAAAGACAGGGCCAUAGAGCUGGAAAGAAGCAAUGCAGCCCUCCAUGCUGAGAAGCAGUUGCUCAAAGAACAGCUGAAGCACUUGGAAACACAAAAUGUUUCUUUCAACAAUCAGAUCCUGACACUACAGAAGCAAAAUGUCUUCCUUCAGGAGCAUAACACUGCUCUACAGACCCAAACAGCCAAACUUCAGGUAGAAAACUCAACCCUGAGCUCACAGAGUACUUCAUUGAUGGCCCAGAAUACCUUACUCCAAAACCAGCAGACAGCCAAGGAGAAUGAAAAUGAAAAUGUACUGAAACAGAAGGACCAGCUGAAAGCUGAGUAUGAGUCAUUGCUGCAAGAUCAGGAACACCUUGCUUCACUUCAUGAGCGACAGUCCACAGAGUAUGAAUUGCUAAUAAACCAGCACAGCUGCCUAAAAACAUUGCACAAAAAUCUGGAACUGGAGCACAAAGAUCUUGGGGAAAGGUAUAAUAGUUUAAUGAAACAGAAGGCAGAAUUGGAAGAGUUGGAGAAAGUUUUAAAAACUGAGAGAGAGGUUCUGCAAGAAGAAAGAAGAACAAACGCAAUAGCUACUGGAGAAAACCAGAAGCUUAGAGAAGAACUGAACAGGAUAAAUUUCUUGCAUACCCAACUAAAGGCAGAAUAUGAGGGGCUGCAUACACACACAAAGGAGCUUAAAACAUCAUUGAACAAUUCCCAGCUAGAGCUAAAUCGUUGGCAAGCUCGCUAUGAUGAGCUGAAGGAGCAGCAUCAGUCCAUGGACAUCUCCUUGACCAAGCUGGAUAACCACUGUGAGCUGCUUGCCCGUCUGAAGCGAAAUCUGGAAGAAGAGAACCAUCAUCUCUUGAGCCAGAUCCAAAUGCUGAGUCAGCAGAACCAAAUGCUACUGGAACAAAACAUGGAAAAUAAAGAACAGUAUCAUGAAGAGCAGAAGCAAUACAUUGAUAAAUUAAAUGCUUUGAGGCGACACAAAGAAAAACUAGAGGAAAAAAUAAUGGAUCAGUACAAGUUUUAUGAUCCUGCUCCAAAAAAAAAAAACCACUGGAUUGGAGCCCGAGCCUUAGUAAAACUAAUCAAGCCAAAGAAAGAGGCUACACGGGAGCGAUUGAAAUCUGCCACGGAGAGUACUCCAUGGCACCCUGAAUCUGCAGAGACAGCAGCUUCCCCAUCUGCCCCCCAGAAACUUAAGCAUCAACAGGAGAGUCAGGAUAAUACCUCUCAAGGGUCAAACUCUAUAGAGGAGAGAGACAGCCAUAAUGGAUCUUCAAACAAAGUAUUAAUAGAUCUAAAGCAAAAACGAAUUUCCCAACAUGGAGGCAGCAACGAUAAUGUUGAAAUUUCAGCAGACCCUGCUGCUAGGCACUGUGUCAUGGAGCUGGGUGUCAGGACUAACUCUGCCUCAGCUAUCCACUUGACUGCUUCAGGUUCUGUGUCCACUUCCAGGCUCCAAAGCAGACUUAAAGGAUGUAAUUCAGAAGAUAAUCUUGUGGAACAAUUCCCUGAGGUAGAGUUUUCCAAUAGCAGACAACAUGCAUCCAAGCCAAAUAGUUUAGAGAGCAGUAGAAACACAUCCAGCAAUAGCUCACCUCUCAAUUUGAAAGGUUCCUCAGACCGUCUCCAUGGCAGAUGCGAAAGCCUCAGCAGUGAAGACAUGCUGUUAAAUAGAGAGAUGCCUGCAUUGCCCAGAGACAGCUAUCUUUGUCACUCUGCUUCUGCCAUCUUGAUCUCUAGUAGCCGACAUGACCCCUCCCUUCACAGAAAUGGCUUGAUCUCUUAUGAUGCUCCUCAGAGAAGUUACACACCCCACCCCUAUGGUAGCAAGCAGCGCUCUGCCUCUCCUGGCAGUGAGAUGGUGACUUUGCAAGAGUUCUUAGAAGAGAGCAAUAGGCUAUCCCCACCUACUCAGCGACACAGCUUAAACGAGACUGAAAUUAUCUCAUUGCACCAAUUUCUAUUAGAAGCUGAUGCACUGUAUCCCUCUUGCCAUUCCCUAUGUCCAUCCCUCCAUCAGGAGCCAUCGCAAUCAGUUGAACCACUCCUCAGUCAUUCAUGUCGUGACAGUGAGAGGCACAAAACAGGGAGGGGGAAUAGGAGACCAUCUUCACUGUAUAUCCCCAGGGAUACCUCCAGUAGCAGAGAUGACUUGAUGGGUGAUUAUUUUAGAAAAGCAAAUGAUCCCCCAGUACCUGGGGACCACCUGGUUCAGCCAGGUAGAAAGGAGGCAGCUAAGAUGCCUACAAACUAUGUUACACCAACUGUAAAGAUGACUGUUGCCAAUGAAGAAGGAAGAGUAACAAAACCUGGGAACUUUGUCAAACCAAACCUUAGGCAAGCUGAUCCUGAGCCUCUGGCAAGCUCCCAGGGGUCUCUUAAGCUUCCUCAUACAUCACCACAUCAACCACUCAGUGGGCCGAGGCAGAUCAUGCAACCUCAACAGUCCAGCACUCUGAGCCGAAGGAGCACAUCAUUGAGCAGAGCAUUUAGUCUGGCCUCUGCAGAUCUCCUCCGAGCUACUGGCCCAGAGACCUACAGACAGGAGAGUUCUCAGAAGCUUGCAGGCAAGGACUGUGUCAGUCCAACCUUGAGGGUUUCUGUGCCACCGGGCUCUCAGACUACUUUAAAAGAGAGGCCUCAGUCUGCCAAGGUGUCCAGUUCCUUGCAAAGCAUUGAUUCUCGCUGUCGGCAGCUGGAUGUAAGGCGUCUUUCCCUGGCUCCACCAAAGGAUGAGAGACCACACUCCUUCCAUCCUUUUUCUUCCUCUCCCUCGGCUUCUGCCAGCAACCUGAACGUGCAACAGCAAGAGCGAGUGUGUAUAGUGCCUGAGCAACACUAUUCACCUGCACAAUACACACCUGCUAAAGUCAAGCCUAAGACCUUUCCACAUUCUGGGGAGGUGGCCACUGUGACUCCUGUCAGAGCUGUCUCCAGUAAUACUGAAGGUGAAAUUACUGCUGGGCAAAGUGAUGCCUUCAUUACCAAAUGCCAGGAUAAGUCUCCAGAAUGCAACACUGGAACAGGGGGAACAGAGGACCACACUACAGGUGGUAGCUCUAGGAGCACUUCUGGAACUCCAGAUCCCCAUGGGGACCAGCAGACUGUCUGGUAUGAAUAUGGUUGUGUGUGACCCAGGGAUUCGCUGAGUAACAUGCAUUUUGAGCUACUGACUUUGGGGUGCACUUGCUAGUGGAUUUUGUCUGUCUAAACACUGUGCUAGGGCUAAAAAGACAUUUACCUGCAUGUUGGGAGCAAAUAGUUGAUCUGACAUGCCUUCCCAUUGUGGUUUUCUAAUGGAGCAAAUCUUUUGUGGUUGAGAGAGAAAACUGAACAGCCAAACCAAGGCCUUUCCUUUGACACUAUUGUGCCUAAAACAGUGUAACUGCUACAAACUCCCAUCAAACUAUGGGGCCUAAUUUUCAAAUGUGCUGAACACUCAGAGCCCUAGUAGAAGCAAUGAGUGCUCCACAUUGAAAAUCAAGCACACAAUCUCCCUGUCUCUGUACCCCUUCCCUCCUCCCCUACUAGAUUCUGCAUUAAAGAUAUGUUCCAUGGGACAAAUUUAGCUGUGUUGAAUUAAGCCCUCAGCCUGACAACCAGCUUGAGCCAACAUUAAAGGUCAUAUAAAAGCCAAACUCCUCCCCAGAGAAGGAACUAGACACUUGCAAGGGCUUAAAGAAAAGCUGAAGGGCAAAAGCAUGUGGCUUAGCAGUGAGUCUAAUAAAAACAAUUAUCUUUGUAGCAGCUGUAUUUUAUAAAUAGACUGAUCAGAAAACCAGGGUCCUGUCUUAACCUUCCCCACUGGGAACUGCUAGAAUACACAGAGGACAAUGUAAUUGUCCCACUGCCUUCACUACACAUGCAGUUUGGUGGAUCCUUGAUUCUGAAAGUCAGGUGGUGCUGUCUUUUGAAACUUGUUUUAUCUUUGAUACAAACACUGGAACUGAUGCAUCCUGUUCAGGGGAAGAUGCCAUUCUAAUGCCUUUUCAAGUGUGGCAUCUCAUGUACAAAAUAGUGUGUAAAUACCAUGUAAAUUAGUUAAGCAGUGUAUAGUUAAGCAUUGUGUAAAGUGUAUUAUUAAACACUUCUUACAUCCCUGUGAGUGAUUGUCUACACCCUAAGUAACAUGCAGGAAUGAAUCGUGUAAAAGAAAUCCUUCCUUUUGUCUCAGAGGUUGUUGAGUAUAGAAACCAAAGUAAUUUUAUAUACUCGUGAAAGAAAUAUACUUAAAAAAAAAUCUAUUUAUGUAUCUGUCGGGAGUUCCAUUGGCUGCUGAUGUACAGAGGAUCAAAAAUGUGUCUUUUAAUUCUGUUCCAUGUUUGUAAAGGCAUUUCCCAUGGAAUAGGCUGAAUUCAAAUUUUUUUUAAAGAUUUUCCUUUCCCUGGUUCCCAUCUAAUAUAGUAAAAGAUACAUGUAAGCAAUCAGAAAUUGAAACCGAUUCAGCUAAGGAGGUUUUUGUUUAGUACAUAGCAAUCGCAUUCUGAAAACAUUAUUAUAAGCAGGAUUGUUUAUAAUAAAGAUUUAAAAAAUGCAAA